UGCGAAGUGGUCCUCCUUUAAGACCUCGUUGCCACGGCAACCCUUGCUGCCGGAAGAAUUCCUCAAGGAUUCCGCCCAUCUCCUCCAGUAUCUCUGUAGUUCGGGUUCCCAGGAGCCGUUCCUUUCCUGCCGAAGAUGGCGGACGACGGGAUAACGGACGGGAAACGGCAAGACGAGCCGGAGGAAGCAGGAGCAACAGGCGGGCCGAGUGACGUUGGGCGGCAGAAAGGACCGCGUUCAAGCGGACGGCCUCCCACCGUUCGGGAUCUGCAGCUGGCAUUGGCUGGAUUAUAUGAAGAUGAAAUUAAAAGACAACCACCUCAUUCAGGCAAACCAACAUCUAGAGUUGCCAGUCACCCCCGAUUACCAGUGCAAAGAAAUUUGAGAAAACCAGAGAGAAGUAUGAGUGAUGACAUGGAUAACCAAAGAUUUUACUCAGGUGAUACAGAAUACAGAAUUGUUGAGUCAUCUGACAAUAUAUCCUCCAGUAAAAUAGUUGAUGAACUUUUCAAAGAAGCAAGAGAACAUGGGGCAGUUCCUUUGGAUGAAGUAUCAAGAGCUUCAGGAGACUGCCAUAAAGCUAAAUCAUUUUCUGGUGGUGGAUACAGACUGGGAGAUUCUGCUCGGAAGCAUUCUGAAUAUAUACAUGGAGAAAAUCAGUAUGGGCAAGAUGUUGAGAUCUUGCUUAAAUUGUGGAGGAAUGGCUUCAGCUUAGAUGAUGGAGAGCUGAGAUCCUACACAGAUCCAGUGAAUGCUCAGUUUCUUGAUUCUGUUAAAAGAGGAGAGAUUCCUGCUGAACUUCAACGACUAGUACAUGGAGGUCAAGUUAAUUUAGAUAUGGAAGACCAUCAAGAACAGGAAUAUGUAAGACCUAGACUGAAGUUCAAAGCUUUCAGUGGAGAAGGUCAGAAACUUGGAAGCCUUACCCCUGACAUUGUUAGCACACCUUCAUCUCCAGAAGAAGAAAACAAACCUUUUCUUGAUGCCACUGUUCCAAUAGAUGCCACUGUACCAACAACUAAGAUCCAGAUUCGUCUAGCUGAUGGCAGUCGUUUAAUACAAAGAUUUAAUCAAACACAUAGGAUUACAGAUAUACGAAAUUUUAUUGUCCAGUCUCGGCCUUUGUUUGCCACAACUGACUUUGUUCUUAUGACUACAUUUCCACAUAAAGAACUUACAGAUGAAAGCCUGACAUUACAAGAAUCAAAUAUAUUGAAUACUGUGAUAUUACAACAGCUGAAAUAAAUUUUCAGCCUAUCAGUGCAAGGUAGGUUCUGGGAAUAGAUAAUGUUGCAUGUUGAUUUGCAAGGUUGCUUCAAAUAAACAAGGAAAAGACCAAAAGAAUUCCAUCGUUUUCCAAUUAAAAAUAACAAUUGACUUUUAAACUUGUUCCGUCUUCCAGUAACUAUUUAUUCAAAGUGCAGGUCAAAAAGAUUUGUUAAACAAAUGUUGAAUUUGUAUUCUCCCUUGUUCAACUUUUGUGAAUUCAAUUCCAUACUUUUAUGGAAGUGGGGGAACAGGGAAAGAAAAAAAAUAUUGACGGAAAAUGUAUAGGAAUGUACAGUUGAUAUUUAUAGGAAUACAGUAAGGGGGGUUGUGUGUGUAUAGCAUGGGAUUCGUUUUUUGUAAACUUGAAUUAUAGAAGGACUUUUCACUGUAUCAGCAAUUGAGAACUUCAGUUUCUUAGUCCCAUUUGUCACUUAGAAAUAUUUUGAUCAUAGGAUGAUGUUUUUCACUUUCCUAACAAGAUUUUAACACAAUCUCUAUGUUAUGCUCCAAGUUAUUUUGUUUGCUCUGUCAUUCCCUUUUAAUAUAAGUUACUACUAACCAUACUUUUAAGUGCCAGAUUGCAGAACAGGUGCAAAGUAUUUUUUUAAUUUUAUUCUGUAAACAGGUUUCCUGUUGCCAAAUGUGAAUUCUAACUUUUAUGACUAAAGAGAGAAAUACAAUAAAAUAAUAUGUAUGAUUUUUAAAGUCUGGUUUAAGAGGGAAAUAGUGUGCUGUGUUGUAUUAAAUAGGUAAUUGAGGAUCAAUUAAUAAAGUCACUUUGCAGUAUCACUUCAACACCUGGAUUUGAAUAGCAGUAACUUCUUAAUAUGUAUCUUUCAACUCCAUGUAUGUUUGUUUUGAGCAUGCAGAUUAGCUUCCGCCAUUGGAAAUUAUCACAGAGGUAUGAUCAUUGAACUUUGGAUAUUACAAAGCAUUUCUACUCCAGGUUAAUAUUUUAUGGCUAGUUGCUUUUCCAAGCAAUUUUCCAAAAACACAAAUUAUGAUUUUGCAAACUUCAUAAAUCCAAAUUAAAGAUUUUAGUGGUAUGCCAAAUUUAACUUCUGCUUCUGGUUAUGCUCUGAUGUAAAGAAGAAAAUGUGCAACACAGGGUGUACAGAUCAUCUUGGAAUUUUAUCCACAGGUAUAGAACAUUGGAUUAAGAUUCCACUUGUACAAUUUUAAAGCAUAGCAUCAGUUAAUAUAAGGAAAAGAAUAGAAAUAGAACCACUUUUUUUUAAAAAAGUAGCGACCACAAAUGCUUGGUUAACAGCAAAAUUUAUCAACACAAGAUUCUACAUACAAAUUCCACUGUUCCAAAAAGCACUUGACUAUAAAAAUGUCUGAAACUUAAGAUGAUGUGAUAAUACAUCACACUGUAUUUAACUGUAUUGCCCUUGUAUCUCCUAAUCACAAUAUAUCAAUCUUUUGUGAGUAGACGGUUUAUGGUAUUAUAUCAAUUAUUUGACCAGCAUAGUUCCGUUUAAAAUAAUAAAAGUGUUAUCAAAUGUUAAGGAUUUUUAGUGGCAGCUUUUCAAAAAGCCUAUUCAAAAGCUCAUUCCUACACAGCUCAUUCCUCAGCAAGGAUAUUUUUUUCCUCCUUUUUAAGCUAGGUUUAUGAAAAUAUAUUCAAAGAUUUAAACAUCUUUAUAGUAUUUUUUUUCUCCAAUUUUGUGCCCAGGAAUCCAAGCCUUCAAGAAGGGAAGUUCCCUUUAAAUAUAGGAUAUAAUGCUUGAGUGUAAAUUUUAAGUAAGGUUAGCUCCGGAUUUCUACAACUCAGUUUGUAAUUGGUACAGGCUACUUUAGUUUUCAAAUUCAUAAAAAAUUUUAAAAAGUGAAAAGGUGUUGAAAUGAAAGCAAGAUUUUGAAAGUAGAAUAUGUGCAUGA